CGUAGCCGUAGCUGAAACCAGCGGGAGCGAUUUUUGCACACCUCUGUGCGAAGAGGGCUCCUUAAAAGGAAUCGGUUAACUUGGACAUCUCGGAAAUAUGGAGGCAUUUCCUCCGAAAUUUAGCAACGUUUUGGUAACACCUGAUCCACAGUAUAUACCAGGCUAUGCAGGGUACUGCCCUCAGCUCAAGUUCACUCUGGGGGAGACGUAUGGGAAGCUGACGGCCCAGAUCCUGUCCAGCCCCGAAGUGUCCAGCACCCGACAGCUGAUCCUGUACAACAGCAACGCCCCCUCGGGCGAAACGGAGGCGGAGGCGGGGCCGCCCGCUGACGCCUGGGGCAGCCUGCCGGGAGUCCGCAGGCACCCAGAGAGGAUGAUCCCGGGAUACAAAGGUUUCAUUCCGAAAAGCCGGAACUGCUUCUCCCGCACGUACAGCCAGACGUGUCGGGAGGCCCUCAGCGAGUUCCAGAGAGACCUGCAGAAGCGGAAGCGCCUCAGCGCCUCGGCUGACCUUCCCCGCGUCGACUACGGCACGGCGCCCAAGCCCACACUUGGGCCUUAUAGCACCCCUCUGACCCCCAUCACUAAAGAGUCAGUACCAUACAAGACCCCGGCCCCCUGGAAACCCCUCGGAUCUCCUUACACCAUGGAGGAGAACAAUCCCAACAAGUACUUCAUCUCAGGUUUUACCGGAUACGUCCCAAAAUCCCGCUUCCUCUUCGGCACUGGUUUCCCCAUCACCACAAACAGAGCCCUGGUCCAGUUCGACAAGGAGGCGAGGGGCAAAGAUGGCGUUCAGCCACCCAGUGUGGAGGAGUUUCCCCCCAUCACUACCAUCUACCCGUCCUACAGUGGCAUGGUCCCAGCUUACACCGGCCAUGUGCCAGGAUACAGGUUCAGUUUCGGCCAAACAUUUGGACAGCUCACCCACAAUGCCCUGGGGUCCAUCAGUGCUCCAAAGGGAAGAUAGAAGCAAACCAGUACACUGGUUAAAGUACAGUGUAGCACAAGCUUUGGAAGAACUGGCAGAAAUCGACUCUUUGAGACAGAUAAAUGUUGGAAUACUCAUUCUGCAGAUGGAUUACAUCACUUCCCACAAAUCAGAUGAUCUCAUUCUUCAAAACAUGCAAAUUUUUAACAUAAGUAACAUUUCAAACUCAGGUCUUCUGUAUUUGUUGAUUCGCUCAUGUUUAUUCCACACAAUAAAAUAAAAACAACCAAAAGCA